ACUAAAAGCACAAGUGUCUUUUACUGGCAGGAAGCUGUAACUUCUCAAAUUUUCUGAGGAGGAGGCUGAGAAGUUAAAAAAGAACUCCUUCCUUUUCUCCAUCAGAUGUUUAAACUGAUUUUAUACUACCCAUUCCUUUAAGGCUAGGAGGGCCCAGAGGUCUCACAGAUGAAUAUUGAUUGAAAGGAGGUUUCAGUAUGAAUUGUUAUACUUGGCUAUCUCUUCUGCUAACACUUGGUCAGCUAUGGCCUGGCCUUCCAAGUAUGCAGAACCAUAACAUCCACAAAAUGAACCAACCUUUUGCAACACUUCAGAGAGUGAAACGUGGCUGGGUAUGGAGCCAGUUUUUUGUGCUGGAAGAACAGAUUUUAACAGAGCCUUUGUCUGUUGGCCAGCUGAAGUCUGAUUCCGACAAACUUGAUGGCACUUUCAAAUACAUUUUGACGGGGGAUGGAGCGGGAAGCAUUUUUACUAUCGAUGAGUAUACAGGUACAAUUCAUGUGACACAGAAGCUUGAUCGAGAAGAGAAACCUUUCUACACUCUAAGAGCACAGGCAAUUAACAGGAAUACCCAGCUGCCCGUUGAACCUGAGUCAGAAUUUAUCAUCAAAGUUCAGGAUAUCAAUGAUCAGGAACCAAAGUUCUUGGAUGGACCUUAUGAAGCCACUGUUCCAGAGAUGUCUCCUGAAGGUACUUCGGUGAUACAGGUUACAGCUACAGAUGGAGAUGAUCCUGCUUAUGGCAAUAGUGCCCGACUGCUUUAUAGUAUUUUGCAAGGACAGCCCUACUUCUCAGUGGAGCCAAAGACAGGGGUCAUUAGAAUUUCUUCCCAAAUGGACAGAGAAACUAAGGAGCAAUACUUUGUCAUUAUCCAAGCCAAAGAUAUGGUUGGGCAAAUGGGUGGAUUUUCAGGAACAGCAACUGUAACCAUCAACCUCUCUGACAUUAAUGACAACAAACCCAUAUUUCAACAAAAGUUCUACUACAUGAAUAUCUCUGAGGCAGCACCACCAGGCUCUACCAUAGGCAAAAUCAUGGCAGAGGACAGUGACAUAGGGGAGAAUGCAGCCAUGAAUUAUGUCAUCGAAGGAGAGGAAUCACUUGUUUUUGACAUCAUUACUAACAAUGAGACCCAAGAAGGAAUUGUUAUAUUAAAAGAGAGAGUGGAUUUUGAGAGCAAAAGGAGAUACAGUGUUAGAGUAAAAGCUAUCAACAGGCAAAUGGACGACCAUUUUAUGAAAGAAGGGCCCUUUGAAGACACAACCAUUAUCAAGAUCAGUGUGGAAGAUGCUGAUGAGCCUCCAGUUUUCACCUCACAGAACUAUGUGAUGGAAAUUGCUGAAGGGACCACAAAUGGCUCCUUUGUUGGUGUUAUAACUGCCAGAGAUCCAGACAAUGCCAACAGUCCCAUCAGGUAUUCUAUUGUCCACAGCACGUAUUUAAAGAGAUUGUUCAGCAUCAAUGCACACAAUGGAACAAUCAUUAUAACUAAGCUUCUGGACCGAGAGACAGCUGCUUGGCACAACAUAACUGUUACAGCCACAGAAAUGAGAAAUCCAGAACAAGUUUCUGAAGUAAUUGUGUAUGUUCAAGUUCUUGAUGUUAAUGACCAUGCUCCAGAAUUUCCAAAACACUAUGAGAUUUAUGUGUGUGAAAAUGCAAAAUCUGGACAGCUAAUCCAGACCAUCAGUGCAGUGGAUAAAGAUGAUUCAGUAGAAGGCCAUCAUUUUUACUUCACUCUGGCUCGGGAGGCCACAAACAACUCAAAUUUUACUGUCAGAGAUAAUCAAGAUAACACGGCUGGAAUUCUUACAGCAAAAAAUGGCUUCAGUCGACAAGAGCAGUUUGCUUUCUUCCUGCCAGUCUUAAUUGUGGACAAUGGAACCCCCUCACUUACCAGCACAAACACCCUAACUGUCAGCGUCUGUGAUUGUGAUACUGAAGCUAGUGCCCAGUCUUGUCGAUUUGGGGCUUUCAUGUUUUCCAUGGGUCUCAGCAUAGAAGCAUUAGUUGCAGUUUUGGCCUGCAUACUAGUAAUAUUAGAUUUGUGGUAAGAGGCACAGAAGACUCAUUUUUUACCCAGAGUAUCUGCUUCAGCCUCCAGCAGUAAAUCUAAUGGUGUAGUUAUGAACAAAAAAAAAAAGAGUGCAAGAAACCUGCUUGAAAAUACGAUGAGGCUUUCUUUGAUUAUGACUUCACCAGUGAUUUCAUCAAGAAAGAUGAAAGGCCAAAAUGCCUGCUAUAACACGGUGUCACCUAGUGAAAGCAUGAAGCCUAAUAAACUUAAACUCUUCACAAGGAACACAUAGAAAAACCUUUCACAAGGAACACACAGAAAAAUAUUUUUCCAGUAUCAGAAAGAAGAACUUUCACAUCAACAAUUGCAAUUCAAGAGAGCUAUAUCCACCUGUGACCAUGCUCAAAAGGCAUCAUUUGUAGUGAGUUACCACACUGCACAGGCCAAGCAGCUUCAUACAAUUGGAGACACUUUGUUUUUCCCAGUUGCAAUUGAUGCGAUGAACAUAAUGUUUGGGGCAACUGAAGCAAACAAGCUCAAAGCCACUCUCCAACAACACAGUGAAGUAAAGGAUCAAAGUGACAGCAGCAGAUCAAUAAAACACACUGAUGGAGUAUCUGAAAAACACAGAUUCUUUUGCUCUUCAAGUUGAUGUGAACACUGAGGGUUGUGAUGCACACUUCUUGGCUUUUGUGAAAUACACAUGAGAUGGUGCAGUUUUUGAAGACAUUCUGUUCUUCCUCUUCCCGGACACAAGAUGGUGCAAGAUGGUUCAAUGUGCUACCCAGCUACAUGCAAAACAAAAAUUUACGGUGUGAUUGCUUGGUGGGCUUUUGCACACAUGGAGCUCUGUCUAUGGCAAGCCACAAAGCAGGUGUGCAUGCCUUGGGUAGAGACAUUAGCUCCAUUUGCUGUGUGAACUCACUGCAUGAUUCAAAGAGAAAAACUAGCAUCUAAAGCUCUGAGUCCAGAGCUAUGUGAAGUUUUGCAGAAGGUCUCAUCUAUUGUGAACUACAUCAAGACUCAGCCUCUUCAUGUGUGUCUCUUUGCAAACCUGUGUGAAGACAUGGAAUCUGAUCCUGAUGUGUUGUUCUUUGACAGUGAAGCUUGUUGGCUCUUGAGAGGAAAAGUACUGGGAUGAUUUUUUUAACUGAGAGACAAGCUGCGUGCCUAUGUACUGGAUUGCAAAAAAAGCCUGAGUUCAUUGAUUUUUCUGGGUGACCAAAGGAAGAUAUGCCUUCUUGCCUAUGUCACAGACAUAUUUUGGAAACUGAAUGAAUUGAAUUCAUGUCUGCAAGGAAAGAACACCACAUACUUCAACUGAGUGAUCACAACACAGGAGUCACAAAGAAAAUUGUUUUCUGGAAGAAUAAUUUGCUGAAGACAAACUAUGAAUCCUUCCUGAAGCUUUGCAAGUUACUGGCUGACACACAGGUAAUGGCUGAGUAUUUCAGAUGACAGAAGGACCAGUUUGUAUCCUUUUUCCCCGACUUGGACAUGACAAAGUAUGAUUAGGUAUGAAGCCCCUUUCAGUGCAAGGCUGAUGCCAUUGGUUUGCCAGCAGCUGAAAUCAAACAGCUCCGAAAUUCUCUGUGAUCGAUUCCUGCAAGGAACAUAUACUCAAUGUUCUUUCCCAGAGUUCUGUGUCACUGUCAUGAGAUAAAAGGGAAGGUCCUCUCAUGGAACGUUAACUGGUUAAAAGAUAGGAAACAAAGGGUAGGAAUAAAUGGUCAGGUUUCAGAAUGGAGAGAGGUAAAUAGUCCCCUACGGGUCUGUACUGGAUCCAGUCCUAUUCAACAUAUUCAUAAAUGAUCUGGGAAAAGGGGUAAAUAGUGAGGUGGAAAAAAUUGCAGAUGAUACAAAACUACUCAAGAUAGUUAAGUCCCAGGCAGGCUGCAAAGAGCUACGAAAGUAUCUCUCAAAACUGGGUGACUGGCAACAAAAUGGCAGAUGAAAUUCAAUGUUGAUAAAUACAAAAUAAUGCACAUUGGAAAACAUAAUCCCAACUAUACGGACAAAAUGAUGGGGCCUAAAGAGAAACAGAUCUUGGAGGCAUUGCGAAUAGCACUCUGAAAACAUCCACUCAAUGUGCAGCUGGAGUCAAAAAAGCUACCAGAAUGUUGGGAAUCAUUGUGAAAGGGA